AUGGACUUUACCAUUCCACCCAAACCGGACGACUCCAAUGACCAGCGCGGUCUUUGGUCUGCCAGGCACAGUACUGAUGUCUCGCUUCAGCCCGCCGAUGAAGUCUCCGACUCGGAGGAUUUUCGCUCCACCGUCAUCCGGCACUUUGCUGCGGACAUCAAUACCAAAUACACGGAUUUGCUCCUCAUUGUCUGCGGCUUCGUGAGCGGCCUCGUCGAUGGCCUUUCCUUCAACGCCUGGGGCAGCUUUGCCAGCAUGCAAACCGGAAACACCGUCUUCAUCGCCCUGGGCGCCAGCGGCCAACCAGUUUACCCAGCCUACCUCUGGGCCAAGUCCCUCGUCGCCGUUGCCGUCUUCAUCCUCUCCAUGAUCGUUUACAUCUACUUCUCACGUCUGCUGGGCCCCCGCCGCCGCUCGACCCUCAUCCUUUCCUUCGGUGCGCAGACCCUGGCCCUCCUGGCCGCCGCCAUUCUCGUCCAAACUGGCACCGUCAGCCGGCGUCCCGAGGACCCCCGCGCCCCUAUCCAAUGGAUGCAGAUCCUCCCCAUCUCGUUACUUGCAUUCCAGGCCGCGGGUCAGAUCGUGGCGUCACGGAUCCUGGCCUUCGACGAGAUCCCGACCGUGGUGCUGACGACGCUCCUGUGCGACUUACUCGUCGACAAGGAGUUGUUGUCGCGCGGGUGGAGAUCGAACCCGCGGCGGAACCGCCGAGUCGGCGCGUUCCUGGCGCUCUUCCUGGGCGCCAUGACGUCGGGGGGUCUGAGCAAGGUGACGGGAAUGGCUUCGAGUCUGUGGUUGGCGAUGGUGUUGAAGUCGGGAAUCAUAGUUGCUUGGUUUGUAUGGAAAGCUGAGGGAAGCAGGAGGCAAAAGAAGGGGGAGGUUUAA